CAUAAUACUGAAGAACACACACGGACAGAUUUGUCACAGCUUCGUCAAAUGGACUGAGUCACAAAAAGCUCCGAGAGUACAACGUGUUGCGAAAACGUUCCAGCUUCAAGAUGCCCCAUGGUUCUGAUGAUACUCGCAAGACAUUUAUACUGACCACAACUGGAAACUUCUAUGGGCUAAAGCCCUCAUCUUCCCUGGUUGACAGCCCGGAGCUCAAUAACUUCUUGGAUGAUGGAAAUGAAUUUGUCCUGUCCAUCAGCAGACAUGACAAUAACCUUCACUUGUCGAAUAAGAUUGAAACGUCAGGGGACAGCAGAGACAAAGUGUUGGUCUUCUUCAAGCUCCAUCCCACAGUGAUCACUGAAGAUAACCUUCACAGGAGCGUCCUGGUGUCGUCCAUGUUAGAGUCUCCUAUCAACACUCUCUAUCAGGCUGUCAGACAGGUCUUUGCACCUGUACUGCUGAAGGAUGAGCGCUGGCGUUCAGCAUUUGACCCCAAGUUGGCAGGUCUGCUGAGUGAGCUGGAGCUUGGCCUGGGCUCAGUGGUCCGCCAGUCUGGAGCACAACCAUCUGCCAAGAAAGGUCGCAGAGAGGAAGAUAUACUAGGUAUCCUGACUCCUAUUGAUGAGUUCCAGUACUGGGCAGAUCUGUGUCAGUCAGCAGAGAAAAACAGUGUGAGAGAAAGAGCAGCUUAUUUCACCGAGCAAUUUAAAUCCAUACAAAAGGACUAUGGUGGUUUGGAUGGCUUGUCCAUGUCUGAUGUUGUGGAUCUGGUGGAACAGAGCAGAGAUGCUCUGGAUGAUGUUUGGCGGCAGACUGAUUUUGAGCCAUAUCCAGAAACACGCAUGGUUCGACUCAUGGAUGUCAUUGGUGGAGCUCUGGGAAGAUAUGUGCAGAGGAAGCUGAGUGGUCUCAAUAUUUUUGAAGAGCCCUUUGUAUCACUGAGAGAGAACCUGAGGAUGGGUGUUGUCAUCUGUGAGCAGUGGGUGGUCGUCUGUGAUCAUCUGACAGGACAGGUGUGGAAGAGACAUGCACCUCAUGCCUGGAAGGGAAACAAGCACUGCCCACAGAGCCUCCAUUGCCUUGCAAAGAGACUGGAUGAGGUGCUGACUCUGCGUAUGGUUCAUGAGAAACUCCUGCAUUUGCUACCAGGGGGGAAGCAGCAAGCUCUGACGUCAGAUCGUGUUUUUGAACCUUUCUCGGGACUCAACCCUCUACAUUACAACCCUUACACUGAGCCUCUUUGGAGAGCAGCAGUUGCCCAGUUUGAGCACCUAAUGGCUCCGUCAGAGCAAGAAAUAGCUGCCAAACUAAAGAGCUACAUUGCCGAUGUGCAGGACAAUCCACAACAGCUGUUGCAGGUGUUUCAAAAGCACAAGGAGUUGAUCAGACGUUCCACCAUCAGUAAAGAGCUUCAGUCAGAGAGAGAGACCCUACUGGCCAGACUACUGGAUUACAACAAGGGACUGAAGAUUGACUUUGAGACCCGUUGCCAUGGAGGUCCUGGAGAAAAGUCUGGGCCUCUUAUUGGCAAGAAUCUUCCAGAGGUGGUCAAUAAGAUUGUGUGGGUCCGACAGCUGAUACACAAGGUGGAAGACUCUGUCUGCAUAGCUAAGGCUCUGCUUUCAGACUUGUCUGGGUUCAAAGGGUUUCUGCAUUUCUGUGAGGACCUACUGGAACUUCUGAGAACCUAUGAGCAGGAACAGUUUGAAGAUUGGUCAAGAGAUAUACUAUCUGGACUGGCUGACCCAAAGUCAGGAAUCAGUCUCCAGGCCAGUAAUCGUGUCAUGGACCUGGACCAUGUGGAUGGCAGAUUAAAGAUCCUGUACUCAGACAAACUGGUCAGUCUGCUCCGGGAGGUCAGGCAGCUCUCUGCUCUGGGCUUUCCCAUCCCAGCCAAGAUACAACAGGCUGCUAAUACUGCAGAUAAAUUCUACCGACAGGCCAUUGUCCUAAAACAGGUGGCUCAUUUCUACAAUACCAUUGACCAGCAAAUGAUUCCUUCUCAGAGACCUAUGAUGCUUGGUCUUGCCUUGGCCUUUGAACAGGUCAUCAAGAAUCCUCGCUCACAGUCAAAGGAAACGGGGGGUAAACUGCAGAUCACGUGGAACAACCCCAAAGAGUUGGAAGUAUACAUUUCCAAGCUGCAGUCUGCUGCCGAGAAACUUUCCUCAGAGAAUAGAAAGCUACGCAAAUGGCACACCGACUUUAAUGACAAGGUGGUGUCAUUGAUGAAUGUGGACCUACUCAAACACCAGCAGCGGUGGAAGGAUGGCCUUCAGGACCUUCGUAUGGGCUUUGCCACUCUGGAGGCUCAGGGCUUUAGGUCUGAUGACAUGCAGGCAUGGCGUCAACACUGGAACCAUCAGCUUUACAAGGCUCUUGAACAUCAGUACCAGAUGGGCCUGGAAGCUCUGAACAUGAACCUGCCUGAAAUACACAUAGAUCUCACUUUCAGGCAAGGCCGAUUGCAGUUCCGUCCUCCAUUUGAAGAAGUCCGAGCACGCUACUUCAGGGAGAUGAAGCGGUUCAUCUCAAUCCCAAAUCAGUUCAAAGGGGUCAGUGCCCAAGGGGAGGAGCUUAUCUUCAGCGUCAUGAUUGACAGAAAUGCCACUGGGUUCCUGACCAUCUUUAGAAAGGCUGAGGACCUCUUUACUCGCUUGCAGGCUAUACAACACAAAUUUAAGGAGUGGGUGGUUCCAGGACAGGUGGAUUUAGAGAAGUUGGUGGAGAACCAUUUGCACUCCGUACAGGACUGGGAGAGAAAUUUCAAGGCCCUGAAAGCCCGGGGUAAAGAGUCUGAACGUCUGCCCAGUCAGGAGAAGGUAGACUGUAUCACAGUCAACUGUGAACCAGUGAAAGCUGCCAUUGACGAUCUGAUCCAGAGACUGUUUGACGUGCUGCUCUUAUCACUAAGGAAGUCCAUACAAGGCCACACACAGGCCAUAGACACUUUUGUGUCAGAGUCAAUGGGGGUCUUGUCCAUGCGACCAGAGAACAUGGAGGAGAUUGGUACAGCCAGUGGCAAAUACAGACAAAUACUGGCCAACAAAAUGGAGAUCUUACCUCAGUUCCAGUGUGUUGAGGAGAAGAACCGCUUGCUGCGAGCAGUAGCAGGAUCAAGCCUAGACUCACUGUCCUCUCUCAGAGCCAAGUGGGACAAACUGGAGCUUGUCAUGGAGAGUCACCAGCUCAUGAUCAAAGAGCAGGUGGAGGUAAUGCGGAGUAAUGCUGCUGGACGUAUCGACACAUACAAGGCAGAUCUACAGCGUUUUAAGGCUCGCUGGGACCAGCUGAAGCCCAAAGAUGAAGUGCUCGAGACGGGCGAUCAUGCUGCCCUUCUCGCAUGUCUCCAAACCAUCAGGGAUAAACAGCAAGAGUUCCAGGAACUUGAGCUUGUCCGCAAUAAACUGCUUGAGGACUGUGGCUAUUUUGACCUGGAGGCACCAGAUUUAUCUCUGGCAGAAGAGACAAAAAGAGAUAUGGAGGAGUACAGCCAGAUGUGGGGUCUAUAUGAGGAGUGGCAGCAGGGCUUUACAGAGAAGGCCCAGGAGGACUGGAUCACAUUCAGGAGUAAGACCUAUGUGUUUGAGGAAUUUCUCUUUACAUGGCAGGACAGGCUGCAGAAGCUAGAUCAGCCUUCUGCUAUGUCUGUUAAACUACAAGCUGAAGUGGACAAAUACAAGGACAUGGUUCCAGUGCUAAAGUAUGUACGUGGAGAGCACCUGUCCCAGGACCAUUGGCUGGAUAUGUUUCGUUUGCUGGGUCUUCCACGAGGAACAACUCUGGAGAGACUCACUUUUAAUGACCUCCUCAGUGUGGCAAAAACCAUUAUAGAAAAGGCCAUGGAGCUCAAGGACCUGAACAGCCGUGCCCAGGCAGAAGUGACGAUCAGAGAAGCAUUGAGGGAACUGGAUUUGUGGGGAGCUGCAGCUACCUUCAGUCUGACUGAGUACACAAACAGCAGUGGUCAAUCUCUAACACUCAUUAAGGACUGGAAGGAUAUAGUCAACCAGGUGGGAGAUAACCGCUGUCUGCUGCAGUCUCUGAAAGACUCUCCCUAUUAUCACAGCUUUCAAGACAAGGUCAGCCUGUGGGAGGUUCGUCUGUCAGACUUAGAUGAGUACCUGCUGAGUCUGAAUGCCAUCCAAAGGCGCUGGGUUUAUCUGGAGCCUAUUUUUGGAAGAGGGGCAUUGCCACGGGAGGAAGCUCGCUUCAAACGGGUUGAUGAAGACUUCAGGUCCAUAAUGUCAGAUAUUCGGAGAGACAACAGAGUUGUUUCUCUGAGCUCAAGGGCUGGCAUCAGAAACUCUCUGGUCACCAUACUAGAUCAGCUUCAGCGCUGCCAAAAGUCACUCAAUGAGUUCCUGGAGGAGAAGCGUUCUGCUUUCCCAAGGUUUUAUUUCAUUGGAGAUGAUGAUCUGUUAGAGAUUCUUGGACAGGCAACCAACCCAACGGUCAUUCAGUCACACCUCAAGAAACUAUUUGCAGGCAUCCAUAGUGUUGAGUUUGAUGAGCAGUGCCAGAAUAUUAUUGCCAUGUGUUCUUUGGAGGGAGAGACAGUGUCACUCAGGAACUGCAUACACAUCUCUAGCCAUGUGGAGUUAUGGCUAAAGGAGCUGUCUGUGGAAAUGAAGGAGACUCUGAAGCAGCUGCUCUAUGAAUGUAUGUCAGCAGGGAAGAAAGGGAGUGUGGACCCGUCACGCUACCCAUCACAGAUUCUAUGUCUGGCUGAACAAAUCCAGUUUACUGAAGAUGUGGAGCGAGCCCUAAAAGAGCAGAAUCUGCAGCAGCUGGAACUGGAGCUCAAUGCAAAGUUGGAACAUUACACUACAGUGGACACUAGUUCUGACGAUCACGUGAACUCAGAGUCCAGUGUCUUGCAGCUGAAGCUGAAGGCCUUAAUCCUGGACAUAAUCCAUAACAUCAGUGUUGUGAAGCAUCUUAAAGAGGCAGUAGUUGCCAGUCCUGAUGCCUGGGCCUGGAAGAAGCAGCUUCGCUUCUACAUGGGAGCAGACAAAUGCUGCCACAUACAUAUGGUGGAUGCUCAGUUCAGUUAUACAUAUGAGUACCAGGGGAAUGCAGCAAAGCUAGUGCACACUCCACUGACUGAUAAGUGCUACCUGACUUUGACCCAGGCCAUGAAAAUGGGGCUUGGGGGAAACCCUUAUGGACCCGCUGGCACAGGCAAAACUGAGUCAGUCAAAGCCCUAGGAGGGCUGUUUGGACGUCAAGUACUGGUGUUCAAUUGUGAUGAGGGUAUCGAUGUGAAGUCAAUGGGAAGAAUCUUUGUGGGCUUGGUGAAGUGUGGCGCAUGGGGCUGCUUUGAUGAGUUUAACCGCUUGGAAGAGGCAGUGCUGUCGGCAGUUUCCAUGCAAAUCCAGGCCAUACAAGACUCUCUCAAACACCACAAACACACAUGUGAACUGCUAGGGAAGGAGGUGGAAUUGGAUCCAAAUUCUGGAGUGUUCAUCACACUGAACCCAGCAGGAAAGGGCUACGGAGGCCGACAGAAGCUACCAGACAACUUAAAACAGCUGUUCAGACCUGUGGCUAUGAGCAGGCCAGACAACGAGCUCAUUGCUGAGGUCAUCCUCUACUCUGAGGGCUUUAAAAGUGGAGAAAUACUUGGACGGAAAUUGGUUGCCAUUUUCAACCUGGCCAGGGAGCUGUUAACACCCCAGCAGCACUAUGACUGGGGUUUACGUGCUCUGAAGACAGUUCUGAAGGCCUGUGGCAGUCUCCUGCAGCAACAGAGGAGGAGUCACAACAAGGACAAAAUCCAGGAGAGCAGUCUUGUGGUGCAGGCUUUGCGACUGAACACCAUGUCCAAGCUGACAUUCACCGAUAGCUCUCGGUUUGAUGCGCUGGUCAAAGACGUCUUUUCUGGGGUAAACUUCACUGACGUGGAGGACCAGAUACUCAUGCAAGCACUAGAGCACGUCUACAAGGAGGCACGACUUGAGCUAAUACCCAGCCAGCUGAAGAAGGCGCUUGAGUUGAAUGAACAGCUGAGACAGCGCAUGGGUGUCGUCAUUGUGGGGCCAAGUGGAGCAGGGAAGUCUACACUCUGGAGGAUGCUGAGAGCAGCUCUAAACAAGACAGGCAAAGUGGUGAAACAGUACACUAUGAAUCCCAAAGCCAUGCCCAGGCAGCAGCUGCUUGGACAUAUAGACAUGGACACCAGAGAAUGGGCUGAUGGUGUCCUCACGUAUAGUGCCAGAAAUGUGGUCAGAGAACCACAGGAUGUGAGCUCAUGGAUUGUGUGUGAUGGUGACAUUGACCCAGAGUGGAUUGAGAGUCUCAACUCUGUGCUUGAUGACAAUCGGUUGUUAACAAUGCCUAGUGGAGAACGCAUUCAGUUUGGACCUAAUGUCAACUUCUUGUUCGAGACUCACGACCUCAGCUGUGCCUCUCCAGCCACCAUAUCUCGCAUGGGCAUGAUCUUCCUCAGUGAUGAGGACAUCGAUGUAGGUGCCUUGGUGAAGUCUUGGUUGAGUGGUCAACCAGAGGAGUGUCGCAGCAAUCUAGAAAAUUGGCUGGGAGACUACUUCCAACGAGCCCUGGACUGGGUCAUCAAACAGAAUGACUUUGUGGUGGAGACCAGUCUGGUGGGUACAGUGUUCAACGGUCUGUCUCAUCUUAACGCUGUGACAGAGCGAGGUCAGUUCAUUGUUGGUCUUCUAAGAGGUUUGGGAGGAAACCUCAACUUCAAAACACGACAGGAGUUUGCCAAGGAGCUGAUGAGCUGGGCCAGGGAAAGUCCACCAGACUCCCGGAAACCACUAGAUACCUACUACGACACUGACAGCGGCCAUCUAACAGCUUAUAGAUUCCAGCGUCCUGAGGGUCUCACACUGGAACAGCUCUCUCAUACACGCGCACUACCUGUUAUCGAGACUCCAGACAUGCAAAGAGGUCUGGACUGUUUCUCUCCGUGGCUCACCGCUCAGCACAGGCAGCCCUUCAUGGUGGCUGGGCCAGAGGGCUGUGGAAAGGGUAUGCUCCUGCGCCAUGCCUUUUCUCGGCUACGCUCCACUCAAGUUGCGGUGGUUCACUGCAGUGCACAGACCUCAUCUCGCCAUGUGCUACAGAAGCUCAGUCAGACCUGCCUGUUGCUCAGCUCUAACACUGGCCGAGUGUUCAGACCCAAAGACUGUGAGAACCUGGUACUUUACCUAAAAGACAUCAACUUACCCAAACCGGACAAAUGGGGGACCAGCAACCUCACUGCCUUCCUGCAACAGGUUUUGACAUAUAAGGGAUUCUAUGAUGAAAAUCUGGAAUGGGUCAGUCUCGAGAAUAUCCAGGUGGUAUCCUCCAUGUCUACAGGGGGUGCUGCUGGGAGCCAUUCGCUCACCUCACGCUUUUCCUCUAUAGUGCGCAUCUGCACCAUUGACUAUCCAGACAGGGAGCAGCUGCAGACUAUCUACUCGGCAUACCUGCAGCCAGUUCUUCAACACAGCCUUGGCAGCCAGGCAACAUGGGCCAGCACAGGGAAGACACACCAGCUGGCCGGUUCUUUAGUGCAGCUCUAUGAACAGGUAAAAGCCAAGUUUACAGUGGACGACCACAGCCACUACCUGUUCACCCCCUGUAUUCUCACCGAGUGGGUCCUCAGCCUGCUGCGAUACGACCUCACUGCAGCUCAGUCUAAUGUGACAGACAGCGUGUUGGAGGUGGUAUCCUACGAGGCCCGGAGGCUGUUCAGAGACCGGCUAGUUUCCGCCAAAGACCACCACUCCUUUGAUAACAUCCUCUCCUCCAUCAUACGGGGAGACUGGGGCUCUGAUGCUCUGGACAACGUGACAGAUGGUUUCUAUGUGACAUGGGGAGCCUCUGAAGGGGCUGUAAUGGCUCCAGGCCAGUCGCUGCCUCCUCAUGGUAAACAAGUGGGACGUCUGGAUUCUGCUGAUCUGAAACAAGUAAUACAGAAGGGUGUAGUGCUGUACAGUCGUGAUAACAGGGAGCUGGAUCUUCUCCUCUUCACGGAAGUCUAUGACUUUGUAUCGAGGGUGGACCGGGUCCUAAGCAGACCCGGUGGCUCUCUGCUACUGGCGGGCCGGAGUGGAGUGGGUCGGCACACGGCCACAUGCCUGGUGUCACACAUGCAUGGAUACACGUUGUUCACGCCCAAAAUGUCCCGUGGUUAUGCUCUCAAGCAUUUCAGCAAUGAUCUCAAAACGGUAAUGCAGCUGGCAGGUCUGGAAGGUCAACAGGUGGUUCUGUUGUUGGAGGAUUACCAGUUUGUUCACCCGGCUUUCUUAGAGAUGGUCAACAGCCUGUUGUCAUCAGGUGAAGUUCCAGGUCUGUACUCUCCAGAGGAACUUGAGCCUCUCCUCUCCUCUCUCAAAGAUUCUGCCUCCCAGGAUGGAUUCACUGAGCCACUCUACAACUACUUUUUGUACAGAAUCCAGCAGAACCUUCACAUAGUUUUGAUCAUGGAUUGCUCCAACUCCAACUUCACCAUCAACUGUGAAAGCAACCCAGCUUUCUACCGCAAGUGCUCUGUCCAGUGGAUGGAAGCAUGGACCGAAAACAGCAUGAAGAAGAUUCCAGAGCUGCUACUGGCAAAGACGGAAGGAGGAGGAAGAGGAGGAGUGGAGAAUGAAAGAGAAAAAUCUACUAAGGGAACAGACUCAGGGUCUGGCCAGGCAGCUCUGUGCUGUUUGUUCCUGAUGGUCCAUGAGUCCUGUAGAGAGCAUGGUGCAACACCCAGCCAAUACAUGGCCUUUCUGCAUGUUUACACUGCAUUAUACAAGCGGAAGCAAAGCCAGCUUACAACAAGACAACAGCACCUACAGGCAGGUGUCUCUAAACUGAAUGAAGCAAAGGCUCUAGUCGAUGACUUGAAGAGGCGGGCCGCAGAGCAAAGUGCACUGCUGAAGACUAAACAACAGGAGGCAGAUUCUGCCCUACAGGAAAUUACUACCUCCAUGCAGAAUGCCAGUGACCAGAAGACGGAGAUGGAAAAAAUAAAAGGGAAGAUGGCUCAAGAAGUGUCAAAGAUUGAAGAGAGAAAAGCUAAAAUUGAUGAUGAGCUGAGAGAAGUACAACCUUUGGUAGAUGAAGCAAAGCGUGCAGUGGGAAACAUCAAGUCUGAAGCGCUGUCUGAGAUCCGCUCUCUGCGCAUGCCCCCUGAUGUCAUCAGAGACAUCCUGGAGGGCGUACUCAGAUUGAUGGGCAUUUUUGACACCUCUUGGGUUAGCAUGAAGAGCUUUCUGGCUAAGCGUGGCGUGAGGGAGGACAUAGCUACAUUUGAAGCCAGGAACAUCAACCCUGAGAUUCGACAGAGUGUGGAGGAGCUGCUCAACAGGAACAAGGCCUCCUUUGACCCCAAGAAUGCUAAGCGUGCAAGCGCAGCAGCUGCUCCUCUGGCUGCCUGGGUCACAGCCAAUGUCCAGUACUCCCACGUCCUGGAGAGGAUAGAGCCACUUGAGAGAGAGCAGGCCGGACUGCAUGAAAACCUGAGGAAAACGGAGAAUAGAAAGAAUAAGCUGGAGGAUCAACUUAACUCUGUUGGAGCCAAAGUCAGCGACUUGAAAGACAAGUUCCAGUGUCAUACUGCAGAGGCAGCGAAGUUGGAGGCUGAGGUGACAAAAGCUCAGGACACAAUUUCUGCUGCUCAGCAGCUCAUAUCACAACUGGAUGGAGAACACACACGGUGGAACACACAGAUGUCUGAGAUAAAGAAUGAGUUGGACACGCUCCCUGUGAGGACAAUGCUCGCCGCAGCCUUCAUUACCUACCUGUCUGCAGCUCCCGAAGACCGUAGAAAACACAGUCUGGAGACAUGGAUGGCUCAAUCUGGACUACAGAAGUUUGAUUUGCGGUCAUUCCUGUGCUCGGAGAGCGAACAGUUGAUCUGGAAAAGUGAAGGUCUGCCAUCUGAUGACCUCUCCAUGGAGAAUGCACUGGUCAUACUACAGAUCAAUGCUCUCAAGUUACGGAGUGUUGCCUGUCCAUUCCUGAUUGACCCAUCAUCCCGAGCUACAGAGUGGCUGCGCACACAUCUCAAACAGCACAGACUAGAGGUUAUCAGCCAGCAGGACAACAACUUCAUGACAUCUCUGGAGUUAGCGGUCAGAUUUGGAAAAACCCUCAUUAUACAAGAGAUGGAUGGAGUUGAACCAGUACUCUACCCACUGUUGCGGAGGGACCUUAUAGCACAAGGCCCUAGAUAUGUGGUUCAGAUAGGGGACAAGGUUAUUGAUUACAACGAGGACUUCCGUCUCUUCCUGGCAACACGGAAUCCCACGCCCUUCAUCCCACCUGAUGCUGUUUCCGUGGUCACAGAGGUCAACUUCACUACCACCAGGGCAGGUUUGCGAGGACAGCUGCUAGCCUUGACCAUUCAACAGGAGAAGCCGGAACUGGAGACUGAGAAAACCAGACUUCUUCAACAAGAGGAAGACAAGAAAAUACAGCUGGCUCAGCUGGAAGAAUCGCUGUUAGAGACCCUGGCUACAGCUCAGGGUAAUAUUCUGGACAAUAGGGAGCUGAUAGACAGUCUGAACCAGACCAAGGCGAGCAGUGCCCUCAUCCAGGAGUCACUACUGGAGUCACACAGGCUGCAGGCUUCUCUGGACCAGGAGCGGGACGCCUACCUACCUCUCGCAGAGAGCGCCAGCAAAAUGUUUUUCGUCAUCACAGACCUGGCAAAGAUCAACAACAUGUACCGCUUCAGCCUUGCUGCGUUUCUGCGCAUUUUCCAACGCGCUCUUCAGGCCAAGAAGGAAGUAGAGAAUACAGAAGCCAGGAUUGCUGCUCUGGAGGCCAGCUUGAAGUAUAUGGUGUAUGAGUAUGUCUGCCGCUCACUUUUCAAGGCUGACCAGUUAAUGUUUGCUGUGCACUUUGUGAAAGGCAUGUACCCUGAACUCUUCCAAGAGAACGAAUGGGAUGCAUUUACUGGAUCCAUUGUAGGAGAAAUGUUUAAACGAGAGGAGUUCCCUUCCUGGAUUGAUCCGGAGAGGCAUGGAGCAAUGGCCGUUUUUAAAACUACAUUUCCAGCUCUCUACCAGUCCCUGUGUUUGAGUGACUCAGACCUUUGGCUGUCCUUCUCACAGAGCUCACAGUGUGAACAGGAAAUCCCGUCCUCCGUUGCCAAGAAGAUUACUCCCUUCCAGCAGCUAUUAUUGGUUCAGGCAGUCAGACCAGACCGACUGCAGAGUGCCAUGACUGCAUUUACCUCCCAGGCCCUAGGAAUGAAGGAGCUCUCCCCCCCUCCACUGAACCUGCGGCGUCUCUACAAAGAGACAUUAGAAUGGGAGCCAGUGUUGAUCAUUAUCUCUCCAGGGGCAGACCCGUCCCAGGAGCUUGCGGAACUAGCUGCAGAAACCACUGGCAGAGACAACUAUCAUGAGAUCUCUAUGGGUCAGGGGCAGGCUGAUGUGGCCUUAGCAAUGUUACGCGAAUGUUCCCGAAGCGGAGACUGGCUCUGCCUGAAAAAUCUUCACCUCGUCACUGCAUGGCUUCCACUCCUGGAAAAAGAGUUAAAUGUUCUGCAACCUAAAGCGGGUUUCCGUCUCUGGCUGACAGCAGAGGUUCACCCCAGGUUUCCCUCUAUACUGCUGCAGUCCAGUCUCAAGCUCACCUAUGAGGCUCCUCCUGGGUUGAAGAAGAAUCUGCUGAGGACAUAUGAGUCAUGGACUCCUGAGCAGAUCAGCAAAGGAGGUGUCUUGGCGAGAGCUCAGUCUCUGUUCUGUCUGGCCUGGUUCCACGCUGUUUGCCAAGAGAGACGCAACUACAUACCACAGGGUUGGACUAAGUUCUAUGAGUUCUCGUUGUCAGACCUCCGUGCUGGAUUUGAAAUCAUCGACAGGCUUUUUGAAGGAGGUAAAUCUUUCCAGUGGGAGUUUGUACAUGGCCUGUUGGAGAGCGCCAUCUACGGCGGACGCAUCGACAAUCCCUCCGACCUCCGCAUCUUACGCUCGUACCUCGAGCAGUUCUUCUCGGCACGUCUCCUCUCAGCUGGUCAGAGAAAGAGCAGAGGGGGAACACGGAUCUUUCCAUCUCAGAUCAGCCUCCCAAAUUCAUGCAGCAUAUUGGAUUACCGCAGUGUAAUCGAGGAUCUCCCAGAAGACGACAGACCUGCGUUCUUUGGUCUGCCCGCCAACAUAGAGAGAUCUUCUCAAAGGAUCAUCAGCUCCCAGGUGAUUUCCCAACUACGUAUUCUGAGCCGCUCAGUGGCAACUGGGUCAAAGUUUGACAGGGAGCUCUGGUCGAGUGGACUUUCCCCCGUACUCAACUUAUGGAAGAAACUUAAUCAGGGCUCCACACUGAUCCAUCAGAAGGUGGCCCCAUCAGCAGAAGGUCAUGCCUCACCAGUUUUAUCAUUCAUUGCCUUGGAGCAAUUCAACGCAGUCCGCUUGGUCCAGAGUAUCCACCAAUCCCUGGCUGCACUGAGCAAGGUCAUCAGAGGGACACAACUGCUCACUCCGGACGUCCAAAAACUGGCCACUGCCCUGCUCAAUCAAGAGUGUCCUUCAAAGUGGCAGAAUAAAUGGGAGGGACCAGAGGAGCCGAUGCAGUACCUCAGAGCUGUGGUAACACGGGCAGUCGCCAUACAGAGUUGGGUGGAGCGUGCAGGCCGACAAGCUCUUCUGUCAGACACUCUCGAUCUGUCUGAGCUCUUCCACCCUGACACCUUUCUCAACGCCCUGAGACAGGAAACUGCCAGGCACAUGGGUUGUUCUAUGGACAGCUUGGUAUUUUUCUCAACAUGGAGGAGCCCCAUUCCACAAGCCAACCUACAAGUGAAGGUUGGAGGUCUCCAGUUGGAGGGAUGUACUUUUGAUGGUGCCCAUCUUUGUGAGAAUCAACACAAUUCUCCCAGUGUGUCGGCUGUUCCACUCUGCUACAUGGCCUGGGUCCCACAAAGCUCGGUCGCUGACUCAGCUGGAUCAGAGGAGACUAUCUGGCUGCCUCUGUACACCAGCGCAGAGAGGGUGAAGGUGGUCACGCACAUCUGCCUGCCCUGUGGCGCCAACCCUAACCAGUGGAUACAGACAGGUGCUGCUCUCUUUCUCAAACAGCAGUGAAGGGAUGUCAUUUAUAGUGAGGGAAAGAACACGGAGUUAGUGUCAGCAAGGCCCUUUUGUACAUUACUGUUACAUUAUGCCAUUAUCAUUUGCAUAAUGUGAUGCAAGGUAAAGGACCAGAGAGGGAAUACAACAAAAGCUGCUUUCAGUAAUACAUGAAUGAAACAGCCUUUUAGUUUUUUUUUUCUCUCACAGCACAGAGUAAAGCAUGGUGGUAGCGAAACCUAAAAAAUAUAAAUGAAAUAAAAACAUGAUUUGGACAGCGCUUAUUUGAAUGUCAUGUUGUAUUUUGCUGAAAAUGUUUAGCCUUCAAUAUUUAUUCACUGUUAUUAUGUUGCAGAAGUGUAUUUUUCACCCUAUUCGUACAAAAUAAAGAUCAACUAAAUGUCA